AUGGCUUGUUCUCAUAACAACACUAUUUGGUUCUUUAUCCUCGCGUUAUUCACCGUCUUAAUCAGUCCGGUCAUCUCUUCUCGCGUCUCAUCACUCAUGAAGCUACCGGUCAUCGUAGAGUCUCGUUCUUCCGUUGAUUCCUACUGCGAGAGCUGGAGAUUGGCCGUCGAGACCAACAAUGCCGUAAAAUGUAAGGUGGUUCCAUCCAAAUGCGUUAGCUAUCUUGAAACCUAUUACGGCAAAGGCCAGUUCGACACGGACUACAAUGUAGUCGCUAGUUACGCGCUCGCCUUUGCUAAAACGGUCAAGAUGGGCGGAGAUUGUAAGGACGCAUGGGUCUUCGACGUCGAUGAGACGCUUCUCUCGAACCUCGAGUACUACAAGGCUCACAGUUACGGGUAA